AUGGUGCAAAAAAAUCAGCAAGUUCAAUCGAAAAUAAGGACAAGCUACUACCUGGAGCCUGGUCAAAAGCUGAGUAACACGAAGAUCUCCGAGAGAAAGCUGAUGCUUAUCGCACCCCGGAGCGAGUACAAGAGGCUCGUCGACUACACGAAUGAAUCCGAAAGAAUGACGGUCGUAGCUGAAAAGGAGAGAGCUAAGCUGGCCGCAAUUAGGAAGGCAACCUACGAAAUGUCCAAGCAUUGGGACAACACUAACGAGAACGUCAAGAAUCGUAGGAAGGCCGAGCUUCUGGCCAAGAGAAAACAGGAAGACGAAAUUCGCGCGCAAUUCGCCAAGGAAAUUGCCGAGCAAAAUUCGGCGGAAAGGGCAAAAAUUGUCGAAGAAGCGAGGCGGUUGUUGCUCUACAAAAAGCCUCUGUGCAGGCUGCUUAACGGGGCUCUUCUUACUUCCGAGUGUUUUAGGGAGCGAGAUGCCCAAAUUGCGUUUGAGAAAACUCUUGAAGGUGUCGACGAAGAGCAGGAAAAGGAGUAUGCGAAAAUCCUGAAACAGGAGGCUGAAGCCUUCGAGGAAGCAGAGCUUCGGAAGGCCGCCGAAAGGGAGAAGAAAAACAGAGCUUACGGAGAAGAGCUUAAGAAACAAAUCGACGAUAACAGAAAUAAUUUGAAACGGGCUGAAAGAGAGGAAUACUUGAUGGGAAGACAAGAUCUGAUCAAUAUGGCCCGAGAGAUAAGAGAGAUAAAAGAAUGCGAGGAUGAACAGACGCUGAACCGCAAAAACGAACUGAAGAAGUUAGUGACGGACGCUAUUAGAGAGAAGGAAAAAUUCGAAAUCGAGUCGAAGCGUGAGAACGAAUUUUGCGAGCGAGCCAUCGAGAUAUUCGAGAGAUCAAAAAGGCGGAUCGCCCAAAUGAGGAAAAUUAAGGCACAGGAAGAACUGCAGGCCAAAACGCACCACGCUGAGUAUUUGGGUGAGUUUUUGCGAAAGGAAAUUUUUCCGGAGCAAUAAUCUGUGACUGGGAUCUAUUUCUCAGGAAAAAAGUUCGCCGCUGCAACGUGGAAAAAACGGUUGGACAACGAGGAUGAGCUGAUGCGUCAAGCCCAGCAAGAGAUCGAAGCCAAAGAAUUGGCGAUGAUUGAGACUAAAAAGCAGAGAGCACUGGAGCUGAAAAUGGAAUGCAUAAGACUCGGCGAAGAGGCUGCGAAUGAAAAGCGAAAACGAGAUCACGAGACGAAGGAGCUUAAUAACUGGGAAACCCUGCAGAGACUGAAGAGGGACGAAUAUAACAAAGAAUUUGAAAUUAACGAACGCAAACGAGAGUGGGAACAGAAAAUGGCCACUGCGAGAGACCUGCGACAGCAGAUGUCUGAGAACGAGGAGAAACGAAACCGUGAAAAGCGAUAUGAGAAUGACGAAAAUUCUGCAGUGGCAAUCGUCGAAAGAACUAAUAAAAAAGUACUGGAAUACGGUCAGCAAAUCCUGGACGAAUCCAAAGGCGUUAGACCGCUGUUUCCUAUACUCAAAACAAUCGAGAAAUUCAAGAUAGAAAACGGACUAUUCCCAAGGAAACCUUGUGACGAAAAUAAUGUUUUGGCACCAGCAAGAAAACCAAGGAAACGUAUGCCCGUUUGCUCUGCUCCAGUUCCGGAACAUGAAGUUGUUUACAUAUGA